AUGGUCCAACCUCAGGGGUUUGCUCAUGCUUCUCAAUCUCAUCUUGUUUACAAAUUGAACAAAGCUCUUUAUGGCUUAGAAAUAGCCCCUGAAGCUUGGUUCUCUACUUUCUCAACUUUUCUCCUCUCUCAGAAUUUUGUUCCUAGUCAAUGUGACUCAUCUUUGUUUGUUCUCAAGACUCCUACUUCUAUUACCAUUCUACUCAUAUAUGAUAUCCUGCUCACUGGCAGUGACCCUCUUUAUAUUGCUUAUUUGAUUCAACAAAUACAUGCCACUUUUUCUAUGAAAGAACUAGGAUUCGUUAACUACUUUCUUGGUAUUUCUGUCACUAAGACCUUUGUUGGAUAUGUUCUUUCUCAACAGAAGUAUGCUUCAAAAAUCCUAGCCAAAGCAGGCAUGAAUGAUUGCAAGUCUUACUCCUCUCCCAUGGCUAUUAAAGUUUCUACCCUUUCUUUUGAUGCUGACUUACCCCUUAGUCAACCAUCUAUUUAUAGAAGUUUAGUAGGUGCUCUUCAAUACCUCACUAUUACUAGGCCAAAUCUUGCCUCUGUGGUUAACCAUGUCUGCCAAUUCAUGCAAGCACUCUUGAAUAGUCAUUUUGCCUCUGUCAAGAGGUUGCUCAGAUAUAUUAAAGGCAUAUUGGGCCGUGGUCUUCAUUUCUCUAGUGGUUCUCUUAUUCUUAAUGCUUACUCUGACUCAGAUUGGGCUAAAAAUGUGCUUGAUAGAAGGUCUACUACUGGAUAUUGUGCUUACCUUGGUCUCAACUUAAUUUCUUGGUCUGCCAAGAAGCAACCAACUGUGUCUAGGUCUUCCUCAGAGGCUGAGUAUAGAGCUUUAGCCCAUGCCUCAAUUGAACUUAGUUGGCUUGGUAUGUUGUUGGCAGAGCGUCACUGUCCAGUGCCUGUUCCUACUCUUUGGUGUGACAACUUAUCUGCUAUUGCUAUGUCUCACAAUCCUGUAUUUCAUGCUCGAACAAUACAUAUUGAAGUCGAUUAUCAUUUUGUUCGAGAAAGAAUUGCAGCCAAGAAGCUUCACAUUUGUUACAUUCCUACCACUGAUCAAAUCACAGACAUUUUCACCAAACCUUUGUCUGUGGCUAGGUUUCAGUACCUUCAAAGCAAACUCUUAGUUCUUCCCAGUCCUAUGAGUUUGAGGGGGAAUGAUAAGAGAACAGCUCCAGAGCAAGCAGCUCCAACAUAA